CCGUCUCGUGUCGCGGGCGGAGGGAUACGUUUCCAUGGGAACGGCAAAGUCUUGCCGGUAAACCCGCGGCCUCCGGGGCGGCAUCCUCCUCCCUCCCCUCCCCUUCCCCUUUCCUUAACCCCACGGGCCCUCCUUACCUUCUCCCAACCCUUCUACCUCUUCAUUUUAACCUAGGAACUGACAGCGUUAGUGACCGUAGUACAGGUGCAUUAGACCGUUCUGUGGAAGUCUUUAAUGUUUAACUGCUGAUGUCGCUGUCGCCACCUUUCGGUUUGGGUUACCUGGCCUAGUCUUCCGCUCGGUGAUCUUUGCGUCUCUUCAGAGCAACUUGAGACUGAGCUUUGUGUGGAAGAAGAGCCCCUGGUCAGGAGUGCAGCAGCUACUAUCAUUGCAAGUUCACUUCAGAUAUUCCUGCCUCUAAUCGAGGAAGCAAAUAUGUCACGGUUCCUAAGAAAUGAGGACAAUGAUGAGAACAUGCUAAAUAUGUCCCUUAGUCUAAGAGAAAGGGAAAGUGAUAGGAUGGCCAGAGUAACUAAGACACUCAGUCUAAUAGAAAGUGAAACAGAGGACAAGUUUGAGGAUGCCCAUGAAAUUAUCCCUGUGGCAACAACAAUGAAUCUCCUAUCAUCCUUGGAAGAAUGUACAACUGGGUUGUACUUGUUUCUAAAUAACAGAUUCUCUGACGCAAUCAAUCUUAUUCACCCAUGGUCAAAAAACAGCCCGUACCACGCCCUGAUCUACAGCAUGCUUAUGAUUGUCAAGGCCAUUCUGACUUUCGAGCCACAGGACAUUCAGAUUGGAAUGAAUGCUGCAAAGGAGGCUUUGAAAACCUGCAACAAUUUCCGAAAAAAACCCAGGAUAAUGACUUUAUCUCGCCUCGUGAGUAGACAGGGAAUAAAGUCCAUCAAAGAGGAGGAACUACAUGCAGAAGUCUGUUAUGCCGAGUGUCUGAUCUUGAAGUCUGCCAUAACAUUUAUACAAGAUGACAGUUUGCUGAAUUUCCUUAAAAGCGGCAUCAGCGUUGGGACAAGCUACCAAAUAUACAAAGACUGCCAGCAGGUCUUAGAACUUAUGCCGGAAAACCAAAGUAAAACCCACAGACACCUGGAUGGAGGGGUAAAGUUUGGACUUGGAGUCUUCAAUCUGAUGUUCUCACUUGUGCCACCAAGAUCACUUAAGCUUCUCAAUAUUGUGGGCUAUUCUGGCGAUAGAGAAGUCGGUCUGGCCCUGCUUCACGAGAGUGCAUCUGAACCUCACAUAAACAACAUCUUAAGUGUUUUCACUCUCCUCUUUUAUUACAAUUACGUACGUGUAGUUGUUGGUGUCGAAAAGGCUUCCACUUCUGCUACAGAGAGUCUCUUCCUAAUCUACCUGCAGAAAUUUCCCAAUUGUGUUGUACUUAAAUUUUUUCGUGCACGUUUUAGCAUGCUAAAUGGAAAUUUUGAAACUGCGCAGUUAAAGUUACAAGAGUGCAUUAUUACUCAGAAUGAAUGGAAGCAGGUUCAUCACCUCUGUUACUGGGAACUUAUGUGGUGCCAUAUUUUUCUGCAGAACUGGAAGCAGGCAUACAACUAUGCCAAUCUACUGUCUCAACACAGCAGGUGGUCUAAGGCAAUAUACACGUACAGCAAGGCUAUAAUAAUGGCCUUGCUUCCUCCUAAUUCUGUGAACUCAGACGAGAGCAUGAGCACUGUCUUCUUACACGUGGAUAGCCUGAGAAUCAAGUUUUUAGGCUCCUCUGUGCCAAUAGAGAAGUUCAUUGCUGAGAAAAGCCAGCGCUAUGGCACUACAACAGGCUGGUUUACAGCACAGCCUCUCCUGGAAUUCAUGUAUGCCUGGAGUGGCUUCCGAGUCAUGAGCAAGAAAAUAGAGCUUAUUUCAAGUUGGCUCUCAAUAAUUGACAGAGGAAAAGACCUUUUGAAUGAAAAUCCAAAUGAGGAGUAUGGCAUAGAUGACAUGAGCUUGUUAAAUCUGCUGAAAGGUCUCUGCCUGAAACACCUGGGCAAACAUUUGAAGGCUGAGCACUACUUUAUUCGUGUUAUUAGGCAGGAGAAAAUGUUAAAAUAUGACCGAUAUUUGGUGCCAUAUAGCUACUAUGAACUGGGAAUGCUCCAUUAUCUGAAAGGAGAUUAUGCCAAUGCAACAAAAAACCUAGACUACAUAAAGAACUAUAAAGACUAUUCCAUGGAAGCCCGGCUACAGUUUAGGGCUCAUAUUGCCCUGGAGCAAAUAGCUAAAUUAGAAAAGUGAUUUUUGACCCAGUGUGCUUCUCUUUAGUAUGGGUAGAAUAUCUACAAUCAGUCAAGCAAUUAGUGGGUAGAAAAGUAAUUCCCUUGUAAAAAACAAAAGUCCAAGAGGCAGCUGCUAAGAAUCUGAUUAGUCAAUAAGAAAGGAAUACGACAUUUCUUUGCCCUCUCUCCUUCUCCUUCAUAAAAUGCAAUGCUUAAGACUGAAAACUGGAGUGACGCACAUUCUUGAAAAGAAAAGGCAAAUGCUGUACAUUGCAAACAUAUUCAUAUGUAUUCCAUUAACAGUUUCAAAACUUCCAAAGGUUUAGCCUCCCACUAGAUAAUGAAUAUGUCCUGCACAGAACAUGGAGAAUGCUUAACUGGUAAAAAAAAAAAAAAUGACCUCAGUAUCAGCCUGUUUCAAAAAUAACAGCACACCGGGUAGUGGUGGUGCACACCUUUAAUCAAGAAGCAGAGGCAGGUAGAUUUCUAUGAGUUUGAGGGCAACCUGGUGUACAGAGUGAGUUCCAGGACAGCCAGGGCUGUACAGAGAAACCUGUCUUGAAAAAUCAAAAACAAAAAUAACAGCAUAAUGAGUAAUAUAAACUCUGAAAGGUUUUCUCUUAUAAACAAUCUCUUUCAUUGCCUUUUUUUUUAAAGAAUUUUUUUAAUAUUUAUUUAUUAUGUAUACAAUGUUCUCCCUGUGUGUAUGCCUGCAGGCCAGAAGAGGGCACUAGACCUCAUUACAGAUGGUUGUGAGCCACCAUGUGGUUGCUGGGAAUUGAACUCAGGACCUUUGGAAGAGCAGGCGAUGCUCUUAACUGCUGAGCCAUCUCUCCAGCCCUCUUUCAUUGCCUUUUAUAUCAAAGACGAUUUCCCCUGUGUGAUAAAGGGUAUCUUUUACACUGAGAUGAAGAAUACUAUUAAGUUCUAUUGUGAAUUUAUAAUUGGCCAGAGAAUAGAGAAGUCUCCACCCAUAUAUAAACAUUAUGAUAAUAAGUGGAGGAGAGCUGGGCGGUGGUGGCGCACGCCUUUAAUCCCAGCACUCCCAGCAGAGGCAGGCGGAUCUCUGUGAGUUCGAGAACAGCCUGGUCUACAGAGCUAGUUCCAGGACAGGCUCCAAAGCCACAGAGAAACCCUGUCUCAAAAAUAAAUAAAU